AUGGGUAAGAGUCUCUGCCUUUCACUUUGCUUUCUUGUCCUCUUCCAUGGCUGUAUAUGCAUUGCUCAGCAACAACAGGAGAGGCAGCAAAACAAAUGCAAGAUCUCCAGACUCAGUGCUCAGGAACCUUCCAACCGCAUCCAAUCAGAAGCCGGUGUAACUGAGAUCUAUGAUCAUAACAAUCAGCAGUUGCAGUGCGCUGGCGUGGCUGUUGUUCGCUAUAUUAUUAAGCCCAGAGGCUUGCUUUUGCCUUCCUACCUCAACGCUCCUCAACUCAUGUACUUCAUCCAAGGUAGAGGGUUGCAGGGAAUCAUGAUCUCUGGCUGUCCUGAAACGUUCCAAUCAUUCCAAGAAUCUCAACAAGGAGGCCACCAAUUCAGUGGAGACCAACAUCAGAAGAUCCGAGAGGUCCAAGAGGGUGAUGUUUUUGUAGUGUCCACCGGCGUUGGGCAUUUUAUCUACAACAACGGUAACAACCGGCUCAUUUUAGUUUCUGUCAUCGACAUUAGCAAUGAUGCCAACCAGCUUGAUUUCCAACCCAGAAGGUUCUAUCUUGCCGGGAGCCCACAAAAUGAAUUCCAGCAGCAACGCAGUGAGGACGCACAGCAACAAGGACAAGGACAAGAACAAGAACAAGAAGGUAGUCAGGGAGGUCCACAGGAGAGCUCUGGUAGCAACGUAUUUAUUGGCUUCAAUGCAGAGCGUUUGGCAGAGGCAUUUAAUGUGGAUGCCCAGCUAAUAAGGAAGCUUCAGGGCCAAAAUGACAGUAGGGGCAACAUAGUGAGAGUGGAAGGAGGCCUGCAGGCAGUGUUGCCACAAAGGGGACAAGAGGAACAAGGAUCAGAACAACAAGAAGAUCGCCUACAUGCUCACGGGAAUGGCUUUGAAGAGACCAUAUGCAGCUUGAGGCUCAAACAAAACAUCGGUGAACCAAGGCGAGCAGACGUCUACACCCCACUAGGUGGACGCAUCGGCGGCAUCACAUCUUUUGAUCUUCCAAUCCUAAAAGGGAUUGUUAAGUUGAGUGCGCGCAGAGCAUUUCUUUACAAGGGCGCUAUGCUGCUACCACACUACGACAUGAAUGCCCACAGUAUAAUCUACGCAAUAAGGGGCAGUGCCAAGUUCCAAAUUGUCCAAAACCAAGGCCGCACUGUGUUCAAUGACGUAGUCACGGCAGGUCGGGUGAUCGUUGUUCCACAGAACUUCGCCCUUAUGAUGAAAGCAGGCGAUUCUGGUUUUGAAUUUGUGGCGAUCAAGACCGAUGAAAAUGGGAUGAUUAAUACUCUGGCAGGCGAUCUUUCGCUCAUCCGUGCCAUGCCAGUGAAAGCCAUUGCCAGCGCCUACCAGAUAUCUGAAGAACAGGCUAAGGAGUUGAAGUUUAACAGGAUGGAGGCCAGCAUAGCUCCUGGAAGAUUUAGGUCAGAAAGUGCUUAA